CGACGGACAAAUCAUUAAGUCGUGUUCUACACCUGAUACGGAAGUAUAAUUAUCUUCAGAGACCAGAUCCUAUAGUCAUGAGAUGUCUUAGGAUUGAAAUGAUGUCAGACGGCUUGGACUACUGCCUAAUCUGAUCCAAGGAUCAAAGAGUGAACUUCUAGAACGCUUUCCUCAAACACAAGCACGCAAUGACAAACUCAUCGCUAGGUCUUUUCGCUAGACUCCCCCCCGAGAUUCGGAUUCAAAUCUGGAAUGAAUUCGUGCCCACCGGUGAGGAUCGAUACGGCGUGUGGUAUAAAAAGGUUGAGCGAUAUGGCCAGAGAACCGACCUGGCGAUUCUCCGGACGAAUCGACAGAUUUAUGACGAGAUAACGAGCAUUAUCUACCACCACACUGCUAGGCUUGAAAUCAGAUUCUCAUGCUGCUAUGCGGGAAUGAAAUGUCUUGCCGAGGUCCACUUCCAGCGUCGGCGGCAACAAUUCGAGCCAGCAGUAUGGAUAUUCGAAAGCUUGACGGAUGCUCGAGACCGCCACUUUGACCGGUUUCCUUUCCAUCGACUGAAAGAAUUAGUCGUCGUCCUUUAUCCGCUGAACCCGCAUCCUUACCGGGUUCCUCCUGAAAACAUGCUUGCCCUCUUACGGAGAAUACUUGAUAUUGUGACCUUGUUGAGAGAAGGAUCAGAAAUCAAGAAUUUGACUAUUCGGUUUGAAAAAGAGACCGAGGGUGAAGACUGGUUUCGUCAGGGUAGGUUUAAUGAAACCGUACAAUCAAUCGACCUUGGCCAUGACGCCAUGGCAAUGCCCUUCUGUACCCUGCGCAAUAUAACCGACAUCAAUCUAGAGGCACACUGUCCCAAGCUGAGGAAAGAGAUUGAUUGGACUAUGAUCAAUGCUGGGAUAGAUGCGGUCAGAGAUCGGAACAAUAGCAUUCCCCGUGAACCCAAGGAGGAAUGGGAAAUACAAGACUUUGAUGUCGACCGACAGGUGAUGGAGAAUUCUCUCUGGCUGCUGUACGAGACAUGGUAUCACGACAGAUAUCGGCGGCUAUCGCCAGAUGAAUCUGGCGAUGAUUCUGGCGACGAGAGUGAGGAUACAGACUCUGGAAUCUCCCUGCCAGGCGCGCAUCCGGUUGAUAUGUUCUUCGUCCCGUCGCUUGCACGUCAUAUCAACAGUGACUAUGCCCUGGACUUGGCGAAGCAGGAUCCGGAGUUUAUCGUGCACCAUAAAUGGUCUCUUGGCAUAUUCUUGAGGGAGACCCUGCCGACGGACCUAUGGGAGCUACAAAACUACAUGCUGGAGCCGAUUCGCAAGUAUAUUGGAUGGAACGGGAGGAAAGACCCGGACUUCGUUCGGACGUUGGAGGAUCUUGUCGACGGCGUCCAGCUACCAAAGCCACCGGAAUACGAUGAGAAAGUAUAUGAAACUCUCAACUCCGCCAUGGUUCUCGAUGCCCUCAGCUUGCUAGAUGACUAUCGGACAUUCUUCCAGCUGAAACGAGAAAAGUUGCGCGUAUGGGAUGAAUUUGAGAUGAAACUGAGACCGGACUAUUAUUUUCUUCCGGAGAAUCAGCAGAAUUCCGUCGACUGUGUUUUGCUACCAAGAUAUAAGGCAGUAUAA